UCUUAUCCUAAAGAUAAGUACCUGUAAAGAAUGGGCUUUAUCACCAAUUGUCAGUCACGCCGCCAAAUUUUACUUAGGUACCUGUAGUUGAUUAAUUCAUAAUUCUUCAUUACAAGGUAUUAAUUAUUAUUUCCUCCAACAUUGUACUCACUUCCCAUCAAUUUUCUUUUCUUCCUUCAGGUACACAAGACGUAGAGCAUCAAGAUCUUGUUUUGUUUUAAUCUUAGCGGAGUCUUUUUUGUAGACAUGGCUAUCUAUAGUGCUGUCCCGGCCCCUCCGGAGUUAACCACCGCGGCCAACAAUUCGAGCACUUCGAACCAAGAACAGCAUCACCACCAUGAACAACAUCAGGCGUCACAUCAACCACCAGAUACGAAUCCUACAACGACAAAUCUGGCAUCCGGUUGGACUGAUAUCGAAUCAUGGACCAUAUCAGCACUCGAGUCUCUUAGUGUGUCACCGGUUGCUCGUGGGAUCGGUGCCCCACUCUCUAUUCCGCUGGAUGAGCACGAGUCUGUAGGGAAGACAGCUGUCACUAUUCAAGAACCUCGCCCCAAAUCUACUGCCAUUACUCCGCCAUCCCGUCCGCCAUCCCGCCGUGAUAGUCAGCGUAGACGAGAAGCACUCUUAAAGGGCAAAGAGGGCAGCCGACAGCGACGGCGUUGGGAAAAUGACCGCUUGAUGCAUGUGCCCAACGUACAACCUCCCCAGCCCUUUGACUGGGAGCCGCGUCCGCUACACCCCGUCAACCACGUCCCUUAUCAGAUUGCAGUUGUCUGGGACAGACAAGUUCGCGCUGAAGUCGAGGCGAAGAAGGCCAUCGCGACUCAUCGUAAGCAGAUGCAGACCAGGACUCUAGGCGAUACCCACGUGCCCGGACGAGUGCCCCGCGAGUUGUUUCAACGUUCGAAGAAAAUCCCCGCAGUCAAGACUUGGGUUCGCUUGCUCGAGGAACCCGUGCGCCGGUACCUCGUCGAGAAAGAGCUUGCCAAAGAACCUGUGGCAUCGGAGAGUGAGGAUACCGAUGAUGAGGAAAUAGUUUUCGUGGGCCGAGACGGUAGUACCCGGGAUGGCUGGAAGAAAGCAAAGCGAGAAACCAAGGGUAAGGCGGAGGACGAAGGGAUGAUCUUCGAUUCCUUGGGUAAUGAUGAUGCAGAUAGUGCAUUCAGACGAUGGAUUACGCAUUCCAUUUCUGAUUAUUACGGCCUCAACUCUCGCUCGGUCUUUAUGGGCAACCCAAAGCGAAAGGUAGUGUACGUACAAAUGAAGACCGGUCACGCUCCGCCAGUACUAUCUGCUCUCCCGCGGCCCCUUUGGGAGCUAUGCUGACGGAGCUCUUCGGCAUCGAGGUCCUCGGCAACUUCUACCUUUCCUUUCUCGUUUGUUGGAUCACAGACAGCAUCGGUAUAUUAUAAACGUACUCGGUUAAGACCGAUGUAGACUUGCAUAGUCGGACUUCCAAUAUAUUAGGCAGCUUCAAUAUUAAUCCACAAUCCAGCUCUUACAUCUAGGACGUUUCUGUCCCAGUUAGCUUAUAUAAGCAAUGAUGGUAGCAGUGCUAUUUCGCCCGAUCACUACGCAGGGUAGGUAGGUACUCAACCAAUCACAUAAUUAGGAUUCGGAGGAUCCUGAACUGCUGCCUUACCU